UUCGACUCUUCCCUCCAACAUGAAGACGUUCGCUGGGUUGUCGCUUGCAUUUGUGGCGGUCUUAUCCGUAGUUUCAAACGGGAACUGCGAAGGAACUGAGCGAGCAACGAAUUAUCGCUACUUUCAUGGAUACGCGGAGAGCAAUCAGGGAGGUGUCAAUUACGACUUCCUCACGUACUCCCCAGACCUGAGUCUGGUCAACAUGGACAAUGCCAUCAAAAGUGCAUGUCAAAUAGGAUUGUGGAUUUUGUAUGAUAACAUCGAAUAUAACCACUACACGUCUGGCACGGUAUGCUACGGGCUCGCUGUCGAUACAUGUUUUGAACUGCCUUCAUUGUGCUCAGCUCAGACAUCUUCUCUCCGGUUCGCUGGGAGUCCCUACGGGCUUAACGAACCCUAUUUCAAUCUUUAUGAAGGCAAAGAUUUCCAGGGAAUAGAAUUUAGAGGCAACCACACUACGUCGUCGGUCGCCUUCCUGGACAUGGACGUGUCUUCACUGAUCAUCACUGGCGUCGAUGGCUGGACUCU